AUGAGGAAAAGGUCAUUGACCAGGCGUUUCCGGCUGUCUGACGGCAAGGCUACCUCCCUGUUCACCUCCUUCCACGUCUCACCGACGUCAUCCGCCACUGCGCCACGGGCUUCUUCCUCGCUGGUGCCACCUGUCUCCGCCAUGCGGCAGGAGAUGGAUGACGGCCCCUCCUCCCGCUCCGAGUACAUCCCGACAGCCCCCUGGGCGUUUUUUUCCACCUCCUCCUCCCGUUCCCGAGACGCGCCGCCGCCGCCGCUGUUCCCGUCCCCGUCCCCGGUCCACCGCCGCCGCCGUUCCGUCCCGUCGACCCGCCGCGGCUCCCGUCCCCGUCCUCCACAAGCUAGCGCCGCCGUCCCCAUCUGCGUCGAGCCGCCGUCGUCCCCGUCCCCGUCGAGCCGCCGCCGUCGUCCCCGUCCCCGUCGAGCCGCCGCCGUCGUCCCCGUCCCCGUCGAGCCGCCGCCGUCCCCAUCCCCGUCGAGCCGCCACCAUCCCCGUCCCCGUCGAGCCGCCGCAGGGAGGCGCGACCACGAGGAAGACGCCGAGCAGAUCCGUUCUUCAAGGUCGCGGCCGUCCCCGCCUCCGCCGCCGCUGGCCGCCUCGCCGUUGGACGCGCCGCCGCCGUUCUCCGUCGAACCUCUUCUGCGUUCUCGGCCUCCUCAAGGAGGAGCUCGCCCCCGUCAAGCUCGUCCUCCUGAACGCUACGGCCGCCGCCGGCGACUGGAGGUCUUCAAGGCGCUGCCGUCCCCUCUGCUUCUCACAGCUGCUUUUUCACAGCUGAACAGCUACAGCUGCUUCUCAAAAGCUGCAGCCCAAACAAACAGACCCUAG